AUGAACUCUAUGAACGUUGCAAUCAUCCUAGCUACGUGCUUUAGCUUCUUAGAAGUUUUAAUUGCCAAACCAUUAGUUGCCGGUGGAUCCGCAUGCAACACUUACACGAUCAUCAGUGCGAGAGGUACGGGUGAGACGCAAGCCCGUCCCAUAGGUAAUCGUGGUUUUAUCAACGGAGUUCUGGCUGCUGUACCUGGUGGUGCAAACCACGAGGUCGUGUAUCCGGCAUCAGCAGACUUCACGGGAGGACCAAUCCAAGGAGCCGCAGAAGCAAAUUCAUUCUUGACACAACAAAAAAGCCAAUGUCCAGAACAAACUUACGUUUUGAUUGGAUAUUCUCAAGGUGCCAUGGUGGUAACUCAGACAAUGAGAAGCCUGUCAAUUUCUCCCGACUCAGUUGUCGCGAUUGUGAUGUACGGAAAUCCCUUUUUCACAUCUGGAGCGCCUCAAAAUAUGUGUGCAGCCAAAACCGGAUCGGGCAUUGCUUCUGCCACUGGUAUCACAAUGCCAGCGCAGUUUUCCUCGAUCACAUUUGAUUGCUGCUUAAAAGGUGACGAGGUUUGUCAAACGUUUGGCUCGAUCAUCCCUCACUUAUCGUACCCAGGAUCGAGCAGCGAGAAAGCAGCUAUAGACUUUGCCGUCGCUAGGCUUUAA